CAUCAUUCCAAGGGUCUGUCUUCUUGUCUCAGUCCAUCUGAAGUCAAAGGAGAGACUAUGAAGACAAGCUGUGCCCCCUCGCAGUCAAAUCCCACAAGAUAUGAGAUGACAUGGGUCCCCUGCUGAUCACCAUGAUGACCGUACAGCUGUGACCGGCGUUGUGAAGCCUUCAUCCCUUUUUCAGCACCCAACCCAGACCCUUAUUCUCUUUGGAAAAUUUGUCCUCGCAACCAGUGUUACUUCCCUUUCUCCUGCAAACAGGACCUCACUUCCUGCACUCCUUCCUGCCCUUACGUUUAUCUCCUUAAUAUUUUCAGCUUACGCCUCCUAAUUAAUUUCCAUCAGCAUCAUGCAGAGUGUUUCUACUACUUCCACUCUCUUUCUUCUUUUUCUUCCCUCCCUCUUCCUUAUCUCCCAUUUUCCCUGUAUGGUCAAUGGGGACUGCUGGCUGAUUGAAGGGGACAAGGGCUAUGUGUGGCUGGCUAUCUGCAGUCAGAACCAGCCGCCUUACGAGACUAUCCCCCAGCACAUCAACAACACGGUCCAUGACUUGAGGUUGAAUGAGAAUAAGCUGAAGGCUGUGCUCUUCAGCUCGAUGUAUCGCUUCACCAACUUGACUGACCUCAACCUCACCAAGAAUGAGAUCAACUACAUUGAAGAUGGAGCCUUUGCAGGACAAGCCAACCUACAGGUCCUUCAGCUGGGCUACAACAAGCUGACCAACUUAACCGAGGGAAUGAUGAGAGGCCUCGGCCGAAUGCAGUGUCUAUUCCUUCAGCACAAUCUCAUUGAAGUUAUUGCCAGCAAUGCAUUCUGGGAGUGCCCUGGCCUCAGCAGUAUUGACCUGUCAUCCAACAAACUUGCCCGCAUUGACCCGUCCACAUUCACAGUUCUCAGUCGACUGAUGGUGUGUGAACUGGCAGCGAAUCCAUUCCACUGCGGCUGUGAUUUGUACAGCUUCCUGGCCUGGUUGGAGUCUUUCAACAAUGUCACACACACCUAUGACCGCCUUCAGUGUGAGACGCCUCGGGAGAUGAUUGGCUUCCCCUUACUUACUGCUGCCGGCCAUUCUGGUCGGAAUGCAAAAAACAUUUUGUUCCACCAUUGCCGAGAUGGAGUUAUGAUGCCAGGAAUGACUUCUCUCCCGCCAGAUCUGGACGGACCUUCUGGGAUCGGGCCAGAGAUGUUUGGUGGUGUCGGGCCGUACCACCAGGCCACCACCUCUUCCUCAUCUACUGAACACAGUUUUAUUCCCAGCAUCAAGCUCCAUCAUGUGUCAUUAUCAACAGCCUCGCUUCUUGUGCAGAUUCCAAGGCCCUACAGCAAAAUGUAUAUUCUUACACAAUACAACUACACGUAUGUUUCCGACGUCAUGAACUUAAAGAACAAGAAAGAGAUGAUCACCCUCAACAAGCUCAAAUCACACACCAAUUACACCUUCUGUGUGGCAUCCAUCCGCAACUCUCAACGCUACAACCACACCUGUGUCUCAUUUUCAACUCGGGCUCAAAAUCAAGAUGACACACUUCCCACACCUUCCACCACUUCUCAUUACAUAAUGACCAUAGUGGGUUGCCUCUUUGGCAUGCUCAUUGUUUUAGGCUUUGUUUACUAUUGUCUUCGUAAGAAGCGGAUGCAUGAUGAGAAAAAGAAGUCCAUCUGUGUCAAGAAAACCAUUCUGGAAAUGCGCUAUGGACCAGAGGUGGCAGCAGCGGUGGCAAAUGAUCCAGCGGCAGUCCACAAGCUUCAGGAGCAGUCCAGAGAACACCAUCAGUAUCAGCACCACCAUGGAGGAAAACUCCCCAUGUCAACAUCCACGAGCUCUGGGAUGCUUCACUCUGCCAACACCAGUUCCUCCAGACUUUCCACUAUCCCACAGGUGGAAAAGAUGGCCACUGCUUUUUCAGAGGCCAUGGCCACAACUAAAGGAAAUUAUAUGGAUAUCAGAACUGGAGGGGCAGGGAUGGAGAGGAUGGGAGAUGGUGGACACGGAGGGAUGAGGGGAAUUGAUUUGAGGGACGAUAAUGGAAGUGAUGUUGGGGAUGACUCAGAUGAUGACGGACACGGCUCUGCAUCAGAGAUUUCUACCAUUGCCAUGGAGGUCGACAAGGUCAACCAGAUCAUUAACAAUUGCAUUGAUGCACUGAAACUGGAUGCAGCAGCCGUAGCAGCUUCAGGGGCCUCUACCAACCCAACAGCCUCAUCCAAUCCCACCUCCCCUCCCCCCACCAGCACAUCCUCCCUUACCCGUGGCCUAAUCCCACUGUCCCAAGGGUUGACAGAAACGUGCCAGAUGAUUACUCCCAACAAAAUACCCCCUCCACCUCCACUCCCUGCCUUGAAUACCCCUCUCUCUGAGCGCCCAGGGAUCACUGGUGGUGGCUAUGUGGUCUCUCCCCCCUACCGGCCCCCUCCACCGGCCACUGCUGUACGUCCCAUUCAGAGGCAAAUGAGUGCAGACGCCGCUGUGGUUAUUGUAAAUGCUGUUAAGAAACAAUGCAGCACCACAUCUUGUGGCUCCAUGGGUAGGGACAGAGAGCGUGGAGGAGCUAGAGUAUACAGCCUGGAUGUUCCUGAGCCAAGGAGCCCGGAUGCCUGUAAUCAACAGCAGCAGCAAUACCCAGACCGUGCCAGUCCCGUGGGCUGUGGGGAGCCCCUUGAGAGGCUGCCUUUAGUCGGGAGUGGGAGCUGUGGUGGUGGUGGUUGCGACAGUGGUGGUGUUGGUGCCCAACAUCAGGACAACCAGAAGUCUCAUCAUUACCAUCAACAACAACAAACGCAACAACAACAACAACAACAACAACAACAACAACAACAACAGCAACAACAACAACAGCUAGAAGUGCAGCAGGACUACCACUGCUCGGAGCACCGCCACUCCGUCCCAGCUCUCUACUAUGAAGGCUCCCACCAGGGCUCCCCAGCCCAGAGGGUUUCCUUCCUUAAGCCCCUAACACGAGCUCGCAGAGAUGCAGCAUCUUACUCCCAGCUCUCACCUGCCCGCCACCAUUCCGGUUACUCUGGCUACUCCUCCAGCCCAGAGUACUCCACAGAGAGUACUCUGAGGAUCUGGGAGCGAUUUCGUCCCUACCGGAAAGGCCAGAGGGAUGAAGCCUGUUAUGUGACGGCCGGAAAUGCCCUCAGAAAAAAGGUGCAGUUUGCUAAAGGCGAGGACCUGCAUGACAUCCUUGAUUAUUGGAAGGGUGUGUCGGCACAGCAGAAGCUGUGACUAAGGGACUAAAGCAAAUCAAUGAGGGAAAAGAGUUUGGAUACUUCUCUUUAGAUAGGCAUGUUGGCCUGAGAAGAAAGAGGACUUCAUUGUUGGACAACAUUUUGCCUUUGGAUUAUUUUUGGCAUGCUAGGUGUAUAGAAUCUUGUGCUGGGAGCUAGGACUGAAGCUGUGCCUGGGCUAUACGAGAGUCAUCAUGGUGUUUAUUUUACACUUCAUUGUAGCACCAUCUCUGGAUAAUUCUCAUUCAGUGUUUGUUGGUUUUAUUUAAAGCACAGGAGGCAAAUGCCAACUGCGUUGUUUAGUACUCUUGAGUGAUCAUCUUUUGUGAUCAUAUGGACCAUCUUUACCAGUGCCAUGUUUUCAUCUAUGGGAAACCACAGAAAGUACAUUUUGAUACCAUUCAUUUAAAGCUUGUGUGAUCCAA